AUGUCUGCUCCUUCCUUCGCCAAUUACGUCGUCAAGCGGCCGUGGCUGCACCGCUGGCUGAUGCCCAUCGCCGAGUGGUACACCAACGCUGCUGGUUACAGAAGACUGGGUUUGAAGGCCGAUGACCUGAUCCCCGAGGAAAACGACGUCGUCCAGAAGGCCAUCAAGCGUCUUCCUCCCAAGGAAGCCUACGACCGCGUCUUUCGUCUGCGUCGGGCAUUCCAGUGCUCUCUGUCGCACACUCUCCUUCCCCCGGAGGAGCAGACGAAGCCUGAGGAGGACAAGGAGUACCUGAGCCCGAUCAUCCGCGAAAUCGAGAAGGAGAUCAAGGAACGCCAGGACCUGGACAACCUCGUCGUGAAGCGGAAAUAG